CUGCAAUCUUCAAGAGCUCGUCAACCCAUCCGCGCAAUCCUCGACGUUAGAUUACACAAUGGAUAGAGGCGUUGUCAGGAAUUUUUCUACACAGCAGGCUGCGAGACUGAUCGACAAUCACGCUCCACAGCUAAAACGCUACAUGUUUCUUCGCAAAGGAUUCGAGGAACAACUCGCUCGAGAAUGGACAAAAUGGCUACGUCGACGUUGAGAGAGACAUUUCUUCUCAUUGGACUAAGAUCCGCGACUCUCGGUCAUCCCUUACCACUACACGUAAGCCCAAGAGAACACACUUUUGAGUAUGAGCAUAGCCGGUCGCCUGGAUGUGGAAACAUUCGGGCUCUCAGUAGUGGUCAGAUGGGAAGGGCGUAUUCACGAACCUGCUGUGGUCAUACCCUAUCUGUACCCCUACGCCCCUUAUAUACGGCACUGCCUCGCAAAACGCACAACACCUUUCUAACCAGAGUUGUGUCCAUCGUUCAUGGAUGACUGUAUCAAUGCUAAGGGCAUUUGCUCGAUUGUACUUAGUAUCUUCUGGAAUAUAGCGAGGAGGAGAUCAAUACAGAUGAAAGU